AUGGCGAUUGACCAGGACGUUGACGAGUUGUUGAUUAUGGGGGACUCAGAUCUGAUUAUCUGGAAAGCCCAGGGAGAAUGGGAGACCCGAGAUGUUAAGCUUAUUCCCUAUUGGCAACAUGUGGAAGAUCUUAGCAAGCUGUUCAAGUUGAUAAAGUUUAGGUACAUUCCCCGGUGUCACAAUGAACUGGCUGAUGCACUUGCCACUCUGGCCUCGAUGCUGCCUUAUCCGGGCAAUGCCCACACCCCUUGGAAAUCCAAAUCAAAGAAAGGCACGGUUACUGUAACACGGUUGAGACAGAACCAAUUACCCAGCCCUGGUUAUCAUGACAUCAAAAGAAAAGGUAGCAAGACUGGUUUUACAGGGCUCUGCCUGGUAAAGGCUGAGGAAAAGUACCCAGUCUCAGCGGGCGCACCAAGCCAAUCCCGAUUGGCUAUGAUUGUUGAUGCCUUCAAAGCAAAGGUAUUGAAAAAGAAAGAAAGUCAAAGACAAAGGUCACAAGAGUAG